AUGGCUUUCGAAAACUACAAACCUUCGCUUGACGAUCCAAACGCCUGGGUGCCCUACCGAUACUAUCCCAGCGUUCCUGCUGCCGCCACAUUCAUCGCUCUUUAUUCCAUCGUAACCAUUGCCCACAUUGCCAUCAUCGUCACACGUCGAACACGGUCAUUCACGCCUUUCAUAAUCGGUGGUCUUUUUGAACUCGUCGGCUACAUCGGACGGGCCAUAUCGGCUGGAGACAUUUGGGCUCUGGGCCCAUAUAUUGUUCAAAGCAUCUUACUUCUUGUGGCGCCGGCUUUAUUUGCUGCGUCGAUCUAUAUAAUACUCGGCCAAAUUAUGGUCUUUGUUGACGGAGGAGAAUUCUCUCUGGUACCGAGGAGAUGGCUGACAAAGCUAUUUGUCGCUGGAGAUGUCGUCUCGUUUCUUCUACAAAUGGCCGAACUCCUGAAUCUCGGCGAGAGGAUCAUUAUUGCUGGACUUUUUGCACAAAUUGUCUUUUUUGGACUUUUCAUCGUCGUUGCUAUAACCUUUCAGAUACGAUUCACGCGAUAUACCACUGGAAUCAGCGCUACCGCUGCUUCUAUCCCACAUCAAGGGGCAUUGAGUCCGAGACUUGCCAAAUGGAAGAAGCACAUGUAUACGUUGUAUGCUGGCUCUGUGCUCAUCAUGAUCCGGUCCAUUUUCCGCGUCGUCGAGUACUUGAUGGGUAAUAACGGCUUCUUACUUCGUCACGAGUACUUUAUUUACAUUUUCGAUGCUGCCCUAAUGUUUCUCGUCAUGGUUUUAUUCCUUUGCGUCCAUCCAAGUCAGCUU